UACUGAAAAGUUUCAGCAUGGCGCUGUCAAGAGCUGUUAAUGGUGUGUUUAUUGUGGCUGCCAAACGGACGGCCUUUGGGACAUUUGGAGGCAAGCUGAAAGGCAUGUCUGCUACUGCAAUGAUGGAACAGGCAUCUCAGGCAGCGCUGGCUGCUGGUAAUGUCAACCCAGAGAAUGUCAGCUCUGUUAUCAUUGGAAAUGUCAUACAGUCGUCGACAGAUGCUAUAUACCUAGCAAGACAUGUUGGUCUGAGGUCUGGUGUCCCAGAGGCUGCUCCAUCCCUUUGUGUAAACAGGUUGUGUGGGUCUGGCUUCCAGGCAGUUAUCAAUGGAGCUCAGGAAAUUAUGCUCGGUGAGAGUGAAAUUGUUCUUGCUGGUGGAACAGAGAGCAUGAGCCAGGCACCAUUUGCAGUCCGAGAUAUCCGCUUUGGUACUACCUUGGGAAAACCCUUGCAGUUGGAAGACACAUUGUGGGGUGGACUUACAGAUACCUACACUAAAAUGCCAAUGGCUAUCACAGCUGAGAACCUGGCCAUGCAGUAUAACAUUAGCCGUGAGGAUUGUGACACGUAUGCCCUGCAGUCACAGACACGCUGGAAAAAUG